UGACUGCAGGACAUCCGUUUCAUAAUGAAAGAAUUGAGAGUCAAGAAAGGUUGACGUAUGUAGAGUAUGAUUACACCGUUAUACUUGGAUCUGAUGUGUAAUUAUAAAGAAAUAAGAAGUCAUAAAGAUCCAAUUGGCAUUAGUUGAAAUAAUAGACACGGUUUACACGGUCUAAUGGUAUUCGGCUUAUUAUUAUCAUGUUGUGUCGAUACUACUACUGUAAAGUGACAAAUUUUUUUGUUUAGAAUCCGGUCGUAUACCCACGCCCUCUUUGCCGAAUUUACCGAUAAACAUUCCAAUAUCAAGAGCCGCAUUUGGCCUAUAUUGCGAAUUUCACAUUAUGAGCAAAUGUGAAACUGUUGCUAUAUUUCGCCACCGGCAUUAAAUUGCGGAGUGCGGAAUAAGCUUAUUUUCUUUUAUCCACAGGAAUUUCAGACCGGGAACAAAGUGUAUUUCGCUUUAACUACUCAAAAUGAAGGUUAUAGUAGCAGGUCUUCCCAAGACAGGAACGAAGUCAAUGAGUGCUGCGUUGAAGAAAUUGGGAUAUAACGUUUAUGAUUUUUUGGAGAAUUUAUACUAUUUAGAAAACGAAUGGGAAAAAAUUUUCAAAAAUAAAUAUGACAAAGGAUUGUUUCAAAAAAUGUACGACAACGUAGACGCCGUUGCCGAUUUGCCAGCUUGUCAUUUCUGGGAAGAAAUUCACCGGGAUUUUCCGGAUGCAAAGAUAAUACUCACAGUUAGAGAUUCCGAAGAUGUUUGGCUGAAGAGUUUGAUGCAUCACAUUGAGAAACUCGAUAAUCACGUACUUGCAAGAAUCAUUCAAGUGUUUGAGAUUAUGCAAGGAAGAAUGGCGGGGUUAAUGCUUACUUUGUCAUACAAAGUAAUCUUGGGAAUAGAUCGAACUGUGCUGGGAAAGAAAACAACAAUGAAUGAGUUACUACUGAAAAUGAAAUACAGAGCUCACAACGCUCACGUGAUCCAAAAUGCACAACCAAACAAUUUGCUCGUUUUUAACUGCAAGGAAGGAUGGGAACCUCUGUGUAAGUUUCUUGAAGUUCCAAUACCAGAUGAUGCAUUCCCUCAUGCAAACAUCAGAGCAUCACUUGUCGAUACAGCUCCACAUCACCCCCUUGCGAUAAAGUAUCAGCAUGAAGUAUUGGGUUCCCUCGCAAAGGGACUAUUAAAAUGUAGCAUUUUAGUAAUCCUGAUUUUGUUUAUAGCAAACCUUUUAUUUUGGUAAUUAUUUCUAUAAUUCACCGUUUGUAAAAAUUAUUGAACAAGAUUAUGGAAUCGAACAUAAUAAGCCAGGAAUACAGAUGAACACGUCUACGAUCUCAAAUUGCACGAGAUGAUUUACCGCGUAACUCCAAGAAUAUGUCUGUCAAUUUGGGUUUGAAUAUUAGAAAAUAUUCACAUAAUUAGUUUUUUUUUUAAAUUUUUCAUAGUUUUCACAGUGUAAUAUGCAAAAGUGUUUAUAUGCAAUUUUAUCAACUACCUGAAAAAUAUGUCCCUUUUGAAUCUCUUGAAAAAUAUAUUAUAUAUUAUUCUUAUAUCUAUUCGCCUAUUAAUUAGUCUAUAUUUCUUGUUGUAACACAUUGAAAGCUACAAAAUUUAUAAUUCUUACAAUUGGUUUUAAAGAUAGUGCUUGUUUAUUUAUAUAUAUAUAUGUAUAGCCGGUGUAUGGGUUUGCUAAUAGUCGUAAUAGACAACGUAGCAUUCUCGUUAUUUUGCAAAUUUGUCGACAGCAAUAUGUGCACUAAUAUCAGCACUAAACAUCCAGUAUACAUUUGUUAUAAUAAGAAUAUUGUUGAA